CAACCCGCCAAAAAUCAAUGGUUAAUAUAGUUAAUCUUGAAGGCAGUCAUUCACAAUAUUCUGUUGUCUCCUAUAAAUACUAUAUGCAUGUACUUCAGUUGAUCAUAAUGAGAUAUACAACAAAAUUCAACCAAACAAUUACAGUUACCUAUCUGCACUUGGCUCCAAAUCCACACAACUAUAGAGAAGAUUGUUUUGGCCUCCAUUUUCAAGAACUUGCAAGAAAAAUAAUAAUAGUAAUAAUAAUAAGAAUGAGGCUAGGAGCUCAACUAAUUGUCACAGUUUUUGCUAUUUUAUUAUGUUCCUUUCCCCUUUGUUCUGGCAGAAAGGGAAGGCAAAGGAAUUUAACUCCCAAAGGCAAGAAGCAACCUCCACCAACUUGCCAAACAAACUGUUCAGCGUGUGGAAACAGUUCUUAUUCACCACCUCAACUGGUGUUCAAUGUCGAUGACUUUGGAGCCAAAGCAAAUGUCAGUGACACAGAUAAUCUUCAGGCAUUCAAGAAAGCUUGGGACAGUGCUUGUAAUUCUGCGGAUUCAGCAAAAAUUUUGGUUCCCAAAGGCAAUACUUACUCUAUUAAGCAGAUAAACUUCACUGGUCCCUGCCAAUCCAAAAUUUCUGUGGAGAUACAAGGUACAAUACAGGCAUUUUCUGAAAUGUACGAUUUCCCAAAAAGACUUUGGAUAAAGUUUGGGAAUGUAGCAAACAUGGAUGUUUAUGGUGGUGGAAUUCUUGAUGGUAUGGGGGCAGUGUGGUGGAAGAAUACAUGUAAAAUCAAGAAAACUAAGACAAAGGAUGCACAACAAAUGCAUGUGGUUUUUGAUGGUUGUGAUGGCGUGGACGCUUCAAAUCUAACAGUAGUAGCACCAGAAAAAAGCCCCAACACAGAUGGAAUUCACAUCACAAAAUCAUCAAAUGUGAAAGUUCAAGAUUCUACAAUAGGAACAGGUGAUGAUUGUAUCUCUAUAGUAAAUGGAACAAGAAAUGUCGAAGGAGGGAGCGGAUAUGCGAUGAACAUAGUGUUCGACAAUAUUGUGAUGAAGAAUGUGUCCAACCCAAUAAUCGUAGAUCAAAACUACUGUGAUACAGGCAAAAACUGUCAACAGGAACCAUCAGGGGUACAAAUACAGAACGUAGUAUUCAGUGACAUAAGUGGCACGAGUGCUACAAAAGAUGCAAUCACUUUGGACUGCAGUCAGUCGGUUCCGUGCAGAAAUAUCAUACUAGAAAAUGUGAAGCUAACUGCCGUAAAAGCUGGAGGAAAAGUCGAUGCUGUUUGCUCCAAUAUCAAUCAGACAUUACUAAUAAAUACUAGUCCAACUUGCUGGUGGCAGUUUGUAGUGCCCAGUGAAAGCGAUUCAGAAAGGAGAUAGUUCUUUAUUUCAGAAAAAGUGAUGAGUUUGUGAAAGUUGUUGAUGGAGAAAGUGUUCUAAGUUCUUGCUCCAGCAGAGAGUCUAUGCGUGCGUAUUAGCUACACAUAAACAGUACAGACCUCAAAUACUUCAACAGAAAUUAACAGAAAUUUAUGAUACAGGCAUGUAAUAAAUCUAUAAUUUGAUGGAUAUGAUGUAAUGAAAUGAAACAGAGGUAAAUAAACUCGUGACAUUUGUUUACAGUAUUAUAAAACCAUACCUGGAAAGUUGUAUGUGUAAAGCGAGUAGAAACCAUAAGGAGAUCAUCUCAGCAACUGGCUGCUAAACUCUAGAAGUCGCAGCAUUUAUAUUAACGGCAUAAGACUUACAUUCAUUGGCUAGCCGCUUGGAGCACACAAGCUAUCAGAUCCAUCCUCCGAGCCAUCAACUAUUAGAAGAAACUCCAGUAUCUAUCAAAAGAUCCUUAAUUGGCAAACGAUCAGUUUGUUUUGUUUCCAUCCAAAACAAAACAUCAUUAAUAUGCUAAUUAUUCCUACCAUCAUCAUAACCAUCAGCAACAGAAAGCACUUCCAUAUCAUAUUCUUUUGCUCCACCUAAAAGAG